AUGGCCACUUACCUGGUGCUGCCCACUGGUGGGAGGAUGCCCAUCCUGGGACUGGGGACCUGGCAGUCUCUGCAGGGAGCAGCAAGGGACGCAGUGAAGUUUGCCAUCGAUGUUGGGUACCGCCACUUUGAUUGUGCCUACAUGUACCAGAACGAGAGCGAGAUUGGGGAUGCCCUGCGACAAAAAAUCGAGGAGGGCGUCGUGAGGCGAGAAGAGCUCUUUAUUGUCGGCAAGCUGUGGUCCACCUUCCAUGAGAGAUCCCUGGUGAAGGAGGCAUGCCAGAAAACACUUGCUGCCCUCCAGCUGGAUUAUUUGGAUCUCUACCUGAUGCACUGUCCCAUGGGAUUCAAGGCAGGAGAGGAGUUAUUUCCUACAGAUGGAAAUGGCAUGAUCAUUCCCAGCGAUACAGAUUUUCUGGAUACGUGGGAGGCUAUGGAAGAGCUAGUGGACAUGGGAAUGGUGAAGGCUAUUGGAGUCUCCAACUUCAACCAGAAACAGAUUGAUCGACUCCUGAGCAAACCAGGCUUAAGAUACAAACCGGCAAAUAAUCAGAUUGAGAGCCACCCCUAUCUUCCUCAGGAAGAGCUGAUUAAAUUUUGCCAAUCCAAAGGGAUCUCUGUCACUGCAUAUUGUCCCCUUGGAGCACCCAACUGGCCAAGGUCCAAGCCUGACCAUAUUUCCCUUCUUGAUGAUCCUCAAAUUAAGGAAAUUGCACACAAGCAUAACAAAACCCCAGCUCAGGUGCUUAUUCGGCUCCAAAUUCAAAGAAAUUUGAGUGUAAUUCCCAAAUCUGUCACUCGACAGCGGAUUGAAGAAAAUUUUAAGGUGUUUGACUUUGAAGUGGCUCAAGAGGAGAUGGAGACCCUCCUCAGUUUCAAGAAGUGCUAUCGCAUCUGUGCAUUAAGCGAAUGCAGAAAUCACAAAGACUAUCCUUUUUUUGAAGGCUGA